GUUUUGUCGCGGGGGAAAAUAUAAUGAUGUCGUGCACAAUAACAAUAUUCACACAUAACUGGUAGGCCUAUAGGUCUACUUUAACCUGUUGAUGAUGGACAAAUAAUGCGGCCAUUUUCCGCGUGGAAAUUAUUGGGUUCUGACGUCGUUCACUAAGGCGUGGAAUAUUUCCAAAGAGUGACUUGCUUUGACUUUGUCUUUGGAUAACUAAACAGUGCUGGUUUUGGAUUAUUUUUUGCUGAUGGUUCUACCAUUAAAAAGGGUUUUGUCGACACGACUGCGUUUAUGAGCCAAAAAAAUGGGUAGCGGUUCAAGCAACGCGCGUAGCAAAAGCCCACCGCCAGUACCGCGUGCCAUCGGCCAACCGGCCAUCCGCCAACCCCAAAUAACUGCCACACGCUCACCGGCAACUGGCCAAAGUGUCACCGGCAAACCGGCCAAUGGCAAAACUUCUACCGGCCAACCCAAAACCGGCAAAACUGCCACAGGCCAAAUCGCCAAGGGCCAAACUGCCCCCGACUCUGUACCACCAGCUCAACCCUCUCAGUCCGCCAGCCCGAGCAUUAGGGACGUACCGGCCAAUGCUACCGGCCAACUAAACAAGGACAGCGGGGGAUCUGAGCCUGCCACACACGGCGAGACUUCAAGCGACAAACCCGCUCAGCAGCUACCACCGAAUGAGACAUUAGAUGAGCCAACCGACAAACCACAAGCCACUCCCGCUGUCGACGCCACACCACCUGAGAAAGACAACUCAGAGAUCGUAUCCAAAUGUAUCAAGUUCAUGGAAGUGGCGACCAGGACUGGUGGUCAAACCAUCCAGUGCAGCCCAGGCGACUCGGCGGCGUUUGCACAGAACACCGAGCCCAGAGAAGCCCUCCGCUCCGAGUUUCUGAAAUCGUUAGAGCAGCUACGCCAGACAGACACCCACACCGACGACACUUCGAUGGAAAGCCUUCUUACCGUCUGUAACAUGAGUAACAUAACAGACCCCGAGACUGCCGACGAGCUGGUGGAAAAGGGAUACCCAGCCCUGUUCGUGAAGAUCUGGAAAGGGGUCUAUCACGACGAUAUAUACACUUCAAAAGCACUGUUGAGACAGUACAUCGUCUACAAUCUUCUGAAGCAAGCCACUAUCAGUUUCACCCACGUCAGUCGCAAGCUGUGCGCGGCUAUGGGCAGCGCCGAGUACGGCAUUGUUCCCCUCAUCGCCAAGGAAUUCCAACAUCCCUUGAUGGAGUUGAGUGCCUUGAAUAACAUGAAGUCGCAGGCCCUUUGGGACUCGUCGAGAGAAACACUGAAGAAGGCAGUCAACGUCUUAGCUAACAUCAUCCGGGGAGACAUCGACAGCAAGCCAGUCUUUCGGGAAGCCGACGUCAUGCCUCAUCUUAAAGCCCUACUCGAAUGUCGCUUCAUGAUCAUGCGUGCUAAAUCGCUCUUCUGUCUUGUGUAUCUUCUCAACGAGGACGAAAAUGAGGCUCUCAACACUACAAGUAGCAACAUUGAGUUCGUUAUCAAGAUUCUUGGCAAGUGUCUUGAUGAAAAGAGUCACUACUCCAGACAUUACACCUUUUCGGCCGAGGUUGUUGUGGGCGGAAUCGUUUACCUAGCAGACAACGACGCCAAUAAGGUCAAGCUGGUUAAGAAAGGCGUCACCGAUUUGCUGAUCAAAAUGUUGAAGACGGACAGCGUGGCUGAGAAGCGCACCGCCGCACAGGCAGUGUGGAAGCUAGCAUUCCACGAAGAUAACAAGAAACUGUUCAAGGAAAACACCGUCUUAAUUACAGUCUUGAAGGAACUUCACAAGAACGAGUCAGAUCCGAAGCUUCUCAAAGCCUGUAAGACUGUCUUGUGGAUGCUAGACGUGAUCGUAGAGAACGCUGAGUCGAAAAGCGGCGGUGGAAACCGGCCUACGACUGCUAGGAGCAAGGCUAGGACAACUGAGAACUCGGACAAGACGUCCGUUGGCGCUCCCGACAAGGCUGAAAAGAACGACCACGACAACGACAAAGAUAUGGCGUCUUCAGACGGCGAUGACCUCGAUGACCUUGAUGACGACAUGCCCCACGUGAUGAUCAGCUACCAAUGGGGUGUCCAGCAGCAAAUGAUCAGAAUCAAAGAGCUCUUGAAGGCGGCUGGGUACAACGUGUGGAUGGACGUGGACAAUAUGGGUGGCUCUACCCUCGAGUCUAUGGCCGCCGCCGUGGAACAAUCUGCCGUCGUGCUUGUGUGCUUUACCGAGAAAUACAAACGGAGCGCCAGUUGUCGAACAGAGGCCGAGUACACCUACAAGCUACAGAAGCCCAUCAUCCCGCUCCGUCUGCAGUCAGACUACGACCCUGACGGCUGGCUGGGCAUCAUGAUCGGCGCCAAGCUGUACGUGGACAUGAGUCGACCGGACAACUUGGAGGAAGACUUCAGCAAGUUAAAGCAGCAGCUUGGCGAGAGAGGCAGGGUGGCAAAGGAAGGCUUGAACAACACACUCAAGUCCACUUUACAAGACCCUCUGAAUACGAGCGGAGAUCAGAAAGGUUUAGCAACAGCCCAACGCGGUGCGCCUACUCGCCGGAACACUAACGCCAAAAACCCCGUCAACCAAGAUCGCCACAUCGACGCCAAGACGGUCUUAACGUGGACCAACGACCAGGUCAACGCCUGGCUGACCAAGCACGGACUAGCGGGGCUCAAGAACCGUUUCGACGGGUACAGCGGACAGCGUCUGCUCGGUCUCAAGACGAUCUCCGCGGAGGCUCCGGACUUCUUCUACUCGGAGCUUAGGAAAGACUUGGGAUUUAAAAGUCUGUUGGAGAUUGUGUCAUUCAAGCAAGCUCUGGAUGAGAUUAUCUGAAAAGGGGUGGGAAACAGCUAGGCCUAGGGGUAAGAAAUAAAGCAGCUGGUUCAUCGCGAACUGCGAAAUAAAUCUUGUACUUUAAAGAAAAAUGUUUUAUAGUUAUUAAUACAAAACGCAAAUACAGGGCGAGUAGAUAAAAUGAAACCAAAAAUGGUGCCCGCCUAUGGUUUAAAGAAGUUAUGCAUUUAGUGCUUUCGAAAUCUA